AAUGUCGGCAAAAUGACUUGUUUAGAUACCAGAGGUCAUCAACCACCAUCAUUAGUAGGUGUAGAGUUAUGUCAUGGACAAGGAAACAAUCAGCUUUUUAGAUUGAAUACAAAAGGACAGCUUGGUGUUGGUGAACGUUGUAUUUUUGCUGAUCGGCAAAAUGUAAAAUUAGUUGUAUGUCCAUUAGGAACUGUUGAUGGGCCAUGGCAAUAUGAAUCU